AUGCGCAGGGACCUUAAGCGCAAUGCUAAUGAUGCCAUGAAUUGUUACCUCAAUUUCCAGCACGCAACACACCCCGUCAUGUUUAUGGAAUAUGGAGCCUAUGUGCUUAACAUGUCAAUUCCCUUUGCCAUACCGCACUACGAGGAGAUGGGACGCGGUCUUCUGAUAGCUGCCUUGGAUAUGUGGUGUACUAACCCCUGGUCCCGGCUUUCCAAUUGCCCCUGCACAGACAUGCUCAAACUUAAGCCUGGAACACAUAAGAGCCUGAGAGCAUUGACAUCACCGCAGAAUAGCAGCAACAAGUAUCCCUUGUCGGGUCAAAAACUUCGGAUGGCUGAAAGCGUCAAUUACAAGCUCCUACGAAACUGGGCAAGACGCCACACCUCACAGCUGGCUGCCCAUGAGGGCAUCACGUUUACACCAAAAAUUCAGAAGCAAGAUAUUCGUCUCCCCAACACAGGGCAAAAUGCAGUGCUUGAAGUGGUUCCCCUUACCCGCCCACGUGGACGCAAUAACGCUCCCUCAAAGACUACUGCUGAAUAUGUCUGUGCAACCCCAGUCAGCGCAGAUAGGCUGCAACUUAGUGAGAUUACAGAGGUUGCACCGCAUGGACGCACUGAUGCUCCGUCAAGACUCACCCCUGGAGUUAUUUGUAAAACCCCAGUGCACGCAGAGCCGCCCAGUGCAUGGUCUUCGUCCGAGCCGGAAGUGGUGCCGGCUAAAUCUACACAGCUUGAUGUAAACGAACUGACCACUGACUCUGUCCGAAACCAAUCUAAGUCCUCAAGAAAAGCCUUCAGGACCCAGUACACGACGUCGUCCAACAGAAUUAUGCCAACAAAGAGGACGAAAUUGGUGAAUGGUGAUGUACCACAGAAUACACCUAACAACAGCGAAAUCACUUCGAAACUGUCCCAUAAAACUGUCGAGUUUUCUUGCGAUGGCGGAAAGACGGCCUCUGAAAACGAACAGUCCUGUCAAUCGCACGCUUCGCUUCUUCCAGAAACAUCCCCUCGAAUACGACCGGGCCACUGUGAAAGACGAGCAUCUUUGUGCGGUGAUUUCGUUGUCUCCAGACCAGCACCUAUCCAACGAGUACCAGGUUUGGACUUGGAUGUGGACGCCUCAAAGGUGGUCAGGCCAGCAAGUCUUCCGGCGAGGAGUCCCCACCCCGGUAAAUUGUUGGCCUUGGACCCACCAAAACGAUGUCUCGAGAAGCCAACACCUCGAAAGAUUAACUCCUCUACAAACAACGCGAGGAGAAGUACGCUUGACCCCAAUUCAACGCAUUUGCAUCCAACAGUUGCCAGUGUAGUCAUAAAAAGUCUGGACGGUGGUAUGGUGGCCUACAAAGGCCUUGCGGAACUAGAUCGGAAGGACGUCAACUUGGUGCUCAGGAGACCUGAACCAAGCCAGUCAAAGCACGUAACUGGGGGAUAUAACCAGUGCCGACGCAGGCACACCCGAGGUUGUAACACGCUGGACAUCGCCGAAAUCGACGACCUAACUGUGGACAUGUGGUCAAAGCCAUUUCUGGCAUACUGUUCAUCAUCAGGCAGACCUACCCAAGCCAAGGUUUGGACGCCUUGGUAUCCGAACCCGGAUCCUUUUGGCCAUUGA